ACAACUACACACACACACACACACACACACACAAACACACGCACGCACACACACACGCACACACACACACACACACACACAAACACACCAUACAGACAGACAGACAGAUGGAUAAACUGUCUCCUGCUGGAGCUCAAGGACUGAAGGACACCGUAAAGCGCAGCUGAUAAGCGGCUUUGAUCGGCUAAUUUGUGCCCCGGUGGCCUUUCAGCAGGCUGCAGGUGAAACACACCGGACCUGCAAACAGCCGCAGUCCGACACACUCACCACGGGUUAAAACCGCAGACCCUCCGGCUGGUCGUCACUCUGCAACCUGAGUGUCCAACAGAGCAGAGACAUGGAUUUACUCCUCAACCUUCUCAUGAUUUAAGGGCUUUAAUGAGCAAAAUGUUCUUUCUCAAGAGGACAAACUGGACUUUAUAAGCACUUUGUUUAACAAUUAUGAGUUAGGGGGUGUAAAUGUGUGUUUUAUUUUGUAGAAAUAUACCAAACUCCAAGUUUUUUGUGCGUAAAAGUGCGCACUCUGGAGCUCUCCACUGCAGAGUCUGACUCGUCUCCGUGACAACCAUGAUGAUGAGACGGCAGAGCGAGGACCGGAGUCCGAUUCGGUCUUCAUGAGAGAGAGAGCUGGCCGCGCUGCUGUGGCCUGGACUGGCGCGGAGGAGCGGAGGAGCCGCGCUGCUGUGGCCUGGACCGGGACGGAGGAGCGGAGGAGCCGCGGUGGAGAUGGAGGCGGCCAACCUGAGCACUGCAGCGGCUGCAGAGGCUCCAGGGGCUCCACACAACGUGCCGGCUCUGUUGUUCGGGUUGCUGCUGAUCGUGCUGAUCAUCUGCGGGAACCUGCUGGUGUGUCUGAGCGUGUUCACCGAGAAGGCGCUGAAGACCACCACCAACUACUUCAUCGUCAGUCUCGCGGUGGCGGAUCUGAUGCUCGCGGUGCUCGUGCUGCCGCUCUUCGUCUACUCCGAGUUCCAGGACGGCGUGUGGACCCUCAGCACCACCAUCUGUGACGCCCUGAUGACUAUGGACGUGAUGCUGUGCACCGCCUCCAUCUUCAACCUCUGUGCCAUCAGCAUCGACAGGUUCAUCGCCGUGUUAAUCCCUCUCAACUACAACAGGAAGCACGUGGACCUGCGACAGACGGUGCUGUUGUCGGCCACAUGGAUCGUGGCCCUGGCGGUGGCCUCGCCCAUCAUGUUCGGCAUCAACAACGUGCCGGGCCGCGACCCCACCGAGUGUAAACUAGAGAACGACGACUACGUCCUGUACUCCUCCGUUUGCUCCUUCUUCAUCCCGUGUCCCAUCAUGCUGCUGCUGUACUGCGGCAUGUUCCGUGGCCUGCGGCGCUGGGAGGAGGCGCGUAAAGCCAAGUUGAAGAACAGCAUCCAGGCCUGCCGCAAGCUGCAGGAGGCCGCUGCCUCGCUGCCGCCGCUGGCCUCACUGCCGCCGCCGCUGCCGCCCAUCAUAGAAAGGGAACUGACGGAUAUUCCGGAAGAGCCGUCCACCUUCCCGUCCGUAGACAAGCACUUCCACUCGUCAGAGUACAAAGACCGUCCUGUGCACACCGUCAGCUUCGCAGAGAUCAAGUUCAACCCAGACCCUCGCAGGAGGAAGACGGCCAAGAUCAACAGCCGGGAGAGGAAGGCCAUGAAGGUGCUUCCUGUCGUUGUGGGUACCUUCCUGUUCUGCUGGACUCCCUUCUUUGUCCUCCACACGAUGCGCGCUCGUUGUCAGGACUGCCACAUCCCGCCGGCCCUGAUGAGCGUGGUGACGUGGCUCGGCUACGUCAACAGCGCCCUCAACCCCGUCAUCUACACCAUCUUCAACACCGAGUUCAGGAAGUUCUUCAAAAAGUUCCUGCACCGCUGCUGCUCCAAGAAUGCCUCAUGAGGACGCCGCCCGCUGCCGCUGUAUGGACAAUUUUUCAGCUGCAAGAGACGCUACCGACUGUUCAUUUAGUGUCUGUUACCUGUUUACGUUGCCAUUGUUUCCAUCCUCCGUGAGGUUUUUAUUUUUCUACGCGUGACGACAGCAAAGUUUGUUUGAGCUUCGUAUAUCCUGUGAAGAAGCUGCAGUCUGAGGAACAAACUGUUUCAGAGGAUCAGCAACACGUCUACAUCACACAACCAACAAGGACCGAUUUUAUAUGUUGAAAUUCAUCUUUUCAGAAUAAAA